AUGCCUCAAUAUUCAGGGCCAUCGACGAAGGCGAACCCUCUCAAGGCGAAGUUUGUUGACAUCGACGAGCGCGAGGUGGUGCGGACGCCCAGCCCAACGCCUUCCGAAGUGCAUAUACUCAGGCACAAGGCACGUAUGUGCGACUGGGGGGUUAUUCUCAACUGGCGGACGUACAAGAACCCGCGGAGGCUCUUCGCGCUCAUCGCUACGAUCACGUUCAUCACCGUCUUCGCGCUGUUCUUGGGGUUCAAGAGCCGCAUAUCAGAAGUACUGGAACCCUUUACAGAGUGGAUUAAGCACCUUCCUGCUGGCUGGCUCAUUCCCAUCGCUGUGCUGCUCAUUCUUUCGUUCCCGCCGCUCAUUGGACACGAGCUAGUCAAUCUUCUUUGUGGUGAGAUUUACGGCCCCUGGAUUGGCUUCGGCAUUGUCAGUGCCGGGACCCUGUUGGGGGAAGUCGUCAAUUACCUGGUUUUCAAGUACUACUGUACUCAACGUGGGAAAAACUGGGAGCGCGACCAACUUCAAUAUGCCUUAAUGGCGCAGGUUGUGCGCGAAGGUGGCCAUUUAGUGCCGAUUGUCAUGCGCUUUAGUGCCAUCCCGAGCCAUUUCACCACGACCGUUUUUGCCACGUGCGGCAUGAGUUUAUGGGUGUUUUUCGUUUCCGCCUUGGUGUCCCUUCCCAAGCAAUUCGCCGCGGUAUACAUCGGUUCUGACGAUGCAGAUGGCAGUGAUCCCCUAGGCCAGGCGAUCAAGUACGUCGUCCUAGCGAUCACCAUCAUCAUCACCUUCGUCGCAGUGUGGUGGGUCAACCGCCGGAUGGACCGCGUCAAAGGGCGCGUCGUCGCCAACCGCCGCCAGUUCCGGUACGUCCCUCCGUGCUCCCGCGGAGUCUCCUCGUCUGACCGCCCCCACGGCACGCUCUCAGCAAAGAGAAGCUGGCGAGAGCCCAGGGUCAGCGCAUUGAGCGACCCGCCCCGAAGACCGUUGCCUCCAGCACCAUCAACAUCGACCUCGAGUCCGGAGCCCACGGCGCCGAGGACGGCGAGGGCUACCCGACCCCGCGCUUGUACAUCGCCCUAUCUUCCACCGACGGCCCGUCUCCUCCCGGGUCCCCGCCGCAAGCCAGGCGCGGGGCUAAGGCCCCUCGGUCGUUCGAAGCUAUCGAGCUUUUGA